AUGGCGGCCGCCUCCGCCACCGGCCCCGCGCGCCCCGCGCCGCCCGCCGCGCCGCCAGGGGGCGCUGUGCGGGGCGGGCUGCGAGCGCCCCCUGGCGGGCGGGAGGAGUCGCAGCGGGGCCGGGACCCCGGGAAGGGGCGAGCCCGGGACCCCCCCAGCACCGACCCCCCAGCACCGACCCCCCAGCACCGGCACCGACCCCCCAACACCGACCCCCCCCAGCACCGACCCCCCAGCACCGGCACCGACCCCCCAACACCGACCCCCCAGCACCGACAUACCAAGCACCGACCCCCCAGCACCGAACACCGGCACCGACCCCCCAACACCGGUACCGACCCCCCGAACACCGACCCCCCAACACCGGCACCGACCCCAAACACCGGUACCGAACCCCGAACACCGACCCCCCAACACCGACCCCCCAACACCGACCCCCCAACACCGACCCCCCCAAACAAACACCGGCACCGACCCCCCAACACCGACCCCCGAACACCGACCCCCCAACACCGGCACCGACCCCCCGAACACCGACCCCCCAACACCGGCACCGACCCCAAACACCGGUACCGAACCCCGAACACCGACCCCCCAACACCGGCACCGACCCCCGAACACCGGUACCGAACCCCGAACACCGACCCCCCGAACACCGACGCCCCCAAACAAACACCGGCACCGAUCCCCCGAACACCGGCACCGACCCCCGGUGCCACCGCGGCCCACUGGCUGCUCUGCACCCCCUGCCCCGGUGCCACCGGCCGUGGGACACUAUCGACUGUCCCGGCCCCCCCGGUGCCACCCAUCCCGGCCGCCCUGCCAGGGGAGCAGCGGGCCCGGGGGGCGCCGGGCUGGGGAGCGGCCGGAGCCCGGCCUGGUGCCCGGGGGGCUCUGCCCUGGCAGGGGGACGUGGCCCCCACCCCCUGUGGGUGCAGCCGUCAGCGGAGCUGA